AUGUUAUCAUUUAUCAUUUUUAUAAUAUUAACAAUCGCGACAGUCUCUUCUGAACAAAUCAGUGGAGUUUUUACUUCCUUUGACUCCUUAGUAUGGGAGAAAGCUGCCGACUACCCAUUUGCAGGUCCUUCUUACCCAAGUUGGAUCGUUAAAUUAUCUUGGAGAAUCAACGGGAAUGAUAUGAAUGCUGGUGAUACAUUCACCUUAGAUUUACCAUGUGUUUUCAAGUUCACUACCAAUCAAGCAUCAGUCAAUUUAAAUGUUGGAAAGACCAACUAUGCUACAUGUGCCUUUAAUCCUGGAGAUAUUGUGGUAGCUUUUUCCAAGUUAGAAUGUGUUCUCUUGGAUACUGUUACUUCCCUGACUAAUGCCCAUGGAUCUAUUAAUUUCCCAGUUGCUUUUAAUGUGGGAGGCUCUGCAUUAAGUACUGAUUUGGAAAGUUCUACUUGUUUUGUUGAUGGUAGGAACACAGUAUCAUUUUAUGAUGGGGAUAAUCAACUUUCCACCCAAGUUUCCUUCUCUGGUGGAGCUACCGAUGAUCCAAACAAGAUUGUUUAUAGAAACAGAGUGGUACCUUCUUUGAACAAGCAACAACAUUACCUUCUUGCUGGAAAUUGCCGAGCUCGAUAUAAAUCUGGUUCCAUAGGUAUGAAGAUCCAGAAUCAGGGUUCCAAAAUUAAUUGCGACUCCAUCCACAUGGCCAUCACCAAUUCGUUAAAUGAUUGGUAUUUACCAAAAAAUGCAAAUAAUGAUUUUAAAUUCACCUACACCUGUACUUCUACUUCCUUCAUGGUUGAAUAUAAAAACAUUCCUGCUGGCUACCGUCCAUUUAUUGAUAGUCUUUUCGAUGUUGCUAAUGGCGUCAGUGUCUCAGUUAACUAUGUCAACAAUUAUAUCUGUGCUGAUAGCACAAAAACUACAGACAAUAGCAAGUCGAUUAAUUGGAGUGCUUAUGAAAACAAUGUUGUAGGUGGUAAUGGGGAAGAAGUGGAAGUUGUUACAAGUACUUACACUGGGCUGACCACUCAAAUAUCUACAAUGCCAUUUCAAACUUCAAAAGAUAAAACCAUGACCAUUGUUGUGAAUGUUCCUAUUCCAACAGUGACCACCACAACCACCUAUGUUGGAAUUUCCACAUCUUACACUACAAUAACGGCACCUCCAGGAUCAACUGCAAGUGUAAUUGAAUUUGAACCAGUUUAUACUACAACCACUAUAACUACUUGCUGGGUAGGAGAAGAAGCAACUUUCACCACCACUUAUUCCACAUCUACUUGGGCAACAGUCACUGAGGCUAUUGUUACACCUUGUCCAAGCCCAUCAGCCAGUGAAGAAUCUACUUUCAGUGAAGAUUUAUUAACCGAAGUUUCAUCAACUACAAACGACCCAUCCACAACUGAAGAUCCUGUAUCUUCUGAA